CGGCCAACUUGGCGGUACAGCGUGUUUUGUUGUCUCAACCUGUUUGUUUGGAUAGAUCGCCGUCCAGCCACUCCACCAGCUUUCGCCUCUACUAGUCUUCUCUCUCUUCUAUUUACUCGAGGAAUUCAGUUGUUUUUCCGUCUUUCGCAGCGGUAGAUUGUCCAAAAUGGCUGCCGCUCAAGUUAUCUCGAACUCCGGACAUGAUGAUAUGAUCCACGAUGCCGGACUCGACUACUAUGGCCGCAGGUUGGCUACAUGCUCCUCGGAUAAGACGAUAAAGAUUUUCGAGAUCGAAGGCGAAUCGCAUCGCCUGAUUGAAACUCUGAAGGGCCAUGAAGGUGCAGUAUGGUGUGUUGCUUGGGCUCACCCCAAGUUCGGAACCAUUCUGGCUUCUUCGUCCUACGAUGGAAAGGUGCUCAUCUGGCGCGAGCAACACCAGAGCACGACGUCCCCCGUCGGCGGCGGUGCCUGGACCAAGGUGUUCGAUUUCUCCCUGCACACUGCCUCCGUGAACAUGGUCUCCUGGGCCCCGCACGAGAGCGGCUGUCUCCUUGCCUGUGCGUCAUCGGACGGCCAGGUCAGCGUUCUCGAGUUCCGCGACAACAGCUGGACUCACCAGAUCUUCCACGCUCACGGAAUGGGCGUGAACUCCAUUAGCUGGGCACCUGCCGAAGCACCGGGUAGCCUGAUCAGCUCCAGCCCCAGCCCCGGCCAGCAGCGGAGAUUCGUCACCGGUGGAAGCGAUAACCUGCUGAAGAUCUGGGAUUACAACGCCGAAUCUAAGACCUACAACCCCAUUCAGACGCUGGAGGGCCACUCCGACUGGGUGCGCGACGUUGCCUGGUCUCCUAGCAUCCUGUCCAAGUCUUACAUCGCCUCUGCCUCGCAAGAUAAAACCGUCCGCAUCUGGACCUCGGAUGCGUCCAACCCCGGCCAAUGGACUAGCCAACAGCUCGAGUUCGACAGCGUUUUGUGGCGGGUGAGCUGGAGCCCCAGCGGGAACAUCCUUGCUGUGAGCGGGGGCGAUAACAAGGUUAGCUUGUGGAAGGAGAACCUCAAGGGACAGUGGGAGAAGGUGAAAGAUAUCGAGGAGUAAUUCUGGUCGGGCUGUUCGAUUUCCUGCUUUGUUCUCAUAUUUAUCUCGAUAUCUCAUCAUAAUGAACUAAAAUGGACCUGUG